CUGUCUCCGACCCGAACUCGUCUCGAGCUCGUUUAAAGCCCUUCCCCGUGCUGCACGAACACAAGGCGAGACUCUUAACUCGUCUAGUCAGCGUCACACGGACAGACGAAGAGAAAAGACAAGAGCGCUGAUACAUUUUACUGGAUCUAUUUUCGAUUUCCUAGCGAGACUUUAAAGCGAAGGCGGCGCUGAUUGGGCAGCGCGGAGUCACGCGGUGUUGCACUCGCUUUGCCUCGCGCCCGUCCGUGAACGCGACUCUGCCUGCCUGCUUGCCUGCGCGCGCUAGCGGCGGUUCGAGCUCCGUGGAUCCUCCUUUACAAUUAUUCUUAAUUGCUCGAACCUUCUUUAAAUCCUUUUUUCUUUUCGUGAGACGUUUCUCCCCCAUCAUGGGUGACAAAAAGAGCCCUAUCAGGCCAAAAAGACAAGCCAAGCCGUCGGCGGAUGACGGCUACUGGGACUGUAGUGUUUGUACAUUCAGGAACAGCGCCGAAGCGUUUAAAUGCAGCAUCUGCGAUGUACGGAAGGGAACAUCCACAAGGAAGCCCAGGAUAAACUCCCAGCUGGUGGCCCAGCAGGUGGCACAGCAGUAUGCCACCCCUCCCCCUGCAAAGAAAGAAAAGAAGGAGAAGCCCGAGAGACCUGAGAAAGAGAGGGCCGACGGCGAACGACCAGAGCAAACCCUGCCUGAUAUUGAGCACCCAGCCAAGGACAAGAUUGAGAAUGACCAUGCUGAGAAAGAGAAGAAGGACAGAGAGAAAGAAAUCACGAUUGCCCUCCCAAAGAAACCCAGCAGCAAAAAGACCAGGCCCAAGAUGGACAACCAUCAAAGCCCACCAAGUGAAAGAAACAGUAUACAGUCUGGGAAAUCAACCACCAAGACUAAAAACUCUCACAUCUCAAGCAGACCCAAAUUGAAGAAUGUGGACCGGAGCACGGCGCAGCAGCUGGCCAUCACAGUGGGGAACGUGACAGUAAUCAUAACGGACUUUAAAGAGAAGAUUCGUUCAUCCUCCACGUCCUCCUCGACAGUGACGUCCAGUGCCGCCUCCGAGCAGCAGCACCCGAGCUCGGGCUCCGAGAGCAUGGACAAGAGCUCGUCACGUGCCUCCACUCCUAAACGAGACCUCUCGCUCGUCCACGAUGAGUCAUUCUGAGCCUUCAAACCAUUGCUCUUGGACUCUGUGGAGAUGCUGGCUGUUGUGCAGUUCUCCCUAUGCCCUGCUCUCAUUCCUCCCAUCUGCUUUUGAUUACCAAAAGAGGGACGAAUGUUUGUCACGUCCCCACAUUCACACAAAUGUCGACGCGUGCACAUACAUUUCCUGACUGGAGAUAAUCUUGUCUUUCUGGACCUAUAGCAGAGGAUUAUUCUCAGCAUCACACCUUGGUAGCACUGGAGUGACAGCAGGGCCAGUGAGAUGGCAUCCCCAUGCUUGUAUGUAUUGUUUUAUACUUGUAAGUGAACAUCUGGCUGAAUCAACAUUUGUUUUUUUGGGGGGUUUUUUCUUCUUUAUUUUGUAUUAAAAAAUGUCUGCUGUGCACAAUAACCACCUACACUUUAACAAUUUCCUGAAUGGCUAUGACACUUAUUUAUUAUCUGUUGUAUUUUAAUACUUUUAGAGAUUUUUUCCCCCCGUUAGAGCUUUGCUAAGUAGCAUGGCUGAUGGUUCCAUUUUACAAUUUUAAUGAGUUUUUAAUGAGUUUGAAUUGUUUUCCUGGAGCCCCCUGAGAAUCUCUCCCACAUUGGUGCUAGCUACACUGUGAAUUCUUUGGUUUUUUUUAUUUUUCUUCUUCUUCUUCUUGCUCAGACGGUCUUUCACACAUCAAGGUUCUUAAGCUUAAAGCCUAUUUCACUUUUUUUCUUCUUCUUCCUCUUCUUCUCUACCCCACCCAUCUAUUCUGGUUGUUCUUCUAUUAUGGUUUUGCAGCGAGUGCUAGGGGAAGGUUCUCUGCUGUUCAUGGUGGGGUUUUUCAGCCCUCAUAUUCCCAGACAUUUCUUUUCCACAGUCCAGACUUUCACAUACCCCUGGUCCCUGUGAUGCCCACAUCUGACCUUUUGACAUCUGUGAAUAGAACCUCAUAUUUUACCCACACAGUGGUUGGCUCUUAAUCAACUACAUAUAAAGGCAUCUAGCUAAAAUAUCUGGAUUGGAAAUCCUAUGCUAGCUUACAGUUUAUUCUUAUGUCAUAAGAGUUGGAUCUGGAAAUUGUUGCUCUUUUGAGUUUAUUGCAUUGUUCAGCAGAGGUAUUUGUAACUUAUUGCUUAUUUAUGGCACGUAGGACAAACACUAAACGUUUUAAUCUCGGACCUAGCCGAACUAGUCUGAUUGUAAGUUAUGACAUACCGUCCCACUUUAUAACUUUUUACACAAUGCGUUCCAGCAUACAGUACUUGAAUCACAGUCAGACAUUUUUCUUGAAGGAUUGGAAAAAAAAAAAAAGGAAGACAAAAUGAAGAUGUAGAGACUGUAACUUGGGACUCGGAUGAUUUGCUGAUUGUGUUGUACCACAUGAUGUCACCGAAGGAAAACAGAGGACACAUUGUUGUUUUUUUUGUUUGUUUGUUUUUUGUUUUUUUUUACUUAUCCAGAAUAUUCAGCAGUGUUUCAGACAAAAUCUCACACCUCCCACAUAACGGCCAAAAUAAAAGUAGUAAUACUAGUAAUAUUAACUAUCUAUCCCUUAUUAAAAAAAUAAAUAAAAUCCACCUAACUUCCUUUUGAACUUGUAUUAAACCUGUAUAAAGUAUGUGUAUAUGAUAUGAGUUUUAUUUAUUGAAGGACCAAAGGAAUUUGAUAUUGACACGAUAGACAAAUAACAAUUCGAUAUGUAAUGAUCAUAUGUGUGAUAUAUAAUAAUACAUUUUAAAUAAAGUCUAAUAUAAUCCAUGUCUAGUUCUCACCGUCUAAUUCUUGUCCACAAAAUACUGUGAAAGUUUAUCCGUCGCUUUGGGAAUCCAGCCUGUAAAAGAACACAUCAGCUUUAGAUGUUGUACAUUACCGUGUGGAUACUGGAAAGACACGGGCAGUUAGAGGGUACAAAAGUAUUGCAAUAUUUUCACCCCGGAUCAUCAAACGACUCUUAAUACUAAUGUUCUAGUUCAUGUUUAGCAUCGGAAGUGUGAACAGCUGUGUGAAAGUAUCACUUGUGUAUCACUCGUAAACCAAUAGAAGACUCGGUUUUGCUCCUGCAGUGACGAGAUGAAUUUGAAGUGUUGCGCUUGGUUUUCUGUUCUGUUCUGACCGCAGUAGUGCGUAGUCCUCUAGUGUUCUGUACAAAUGAAGGCUUUACCGGGUCAGUUUGUGAGACAGUAACAAUGUCUUUGCGUAUUUGUGAUAUUAACCAGUGAUUGUCGGGCUUCUGAAAGCAUGGAGUUAUAACCGUUAUUGUCCACACCACACUUCAUCAACCCCAGUCUUUAAUGCGCUUUAAUCUAACCCUCAACCACACACACACACACACACACACACACACGGCAGUUGUACUGAAACGGUAUGACUUUCAUUUGAGAUCUUUUUCAUUUAUUUAUUUAUUUCCUUUUUUUUUUUCUUUUUUUUUUUUAAAGAGAGAGAAUAUGCAAUGUAAACAUGACAUGAAGAAAAUUACAUUGGGUAAAUUCCAGAAAGAAAAAAAAAACAGAAAAAAUGGGGACUUUUACGUUCCAAAUGCUCCCCACAUUUUGACCCCACAGUUGCAGUUGUUGGAACUUUCUGAGCACUGUAUAGCCUACUUUUACAUUUCUUAUGAAUAUAGCCAUCUUCUCACUUGCCUUACCCACUAUCAUGAGCAGUUAGCUAACUUUUUGUAAAAUUGUAAAAAGAAAAAUGAAUUGUAUCUUAAUUUAUUGGAAUUUUUAAACAAACAAACAAACAAAACAAAAAAAACGAAUUUAAACAAUGCUUGUAUGUGUAUCUUAAAAAUGGUGCAAAUGUCAACGUUAUAGGCUACAAACGGCAACGGAGCUGAACAUGUUUUUUUUUUUUUUUAAUUUUGUUUGAAUUUUUUUUAUUUUUUUCAUAAAACGCGCAAGCAGUUCUGUUCUUGUGUACGACCAGUAACCUUAAUUUACUGUGUAAAGAUGGUUACGUUUUUUUUGUUUGUGUUUUUUUUAGCUUCCUUUUGUCAGAAACCCACUUUAUUAGAAUGCUUUUUGACUUGUGAUAUACAGUCGCAUUAACUGUGUGAGAUUUCAAUAUCAAUGUACAGUACACUCAGACGCUUCAUUUUGAUCCUAAUCCGAUGUUGUUGUGAAGCGCUUUAACAGUUUGUUUCGUAAUAGCGUAGGGUCUGUUAGUGUAUUAAUCAAACCGUUUUAUUUCCAAUUUGUCAUUGCUUUGCGUUUCUUGCUACUCGCUGAGUUUUCUUGGUAAUUUUGUGUGAUGGGUUGUGUUCAUUUUCCUUGUGUAAAUGUUUUUGUUUGUUUUUGUUUUUGUUUGAAUUGAACAUUGCUCCUUGUCUAUAGCUUACCACACUGUUCAAAUACUACAGUUUUCAGCAUGUGCACGACUUUGCUCUUUAGAGGCUACCUUUAUCAUUUUCUUCGCUUCAAAUAGAAAUGUCUAUUUAUGCAUUUUUGGCUUGUAGUUUUUCACAAAUAAAAAAUGUUCAAUUUA